AUGUCCAAGGAGGACGUUCUGCGUCUGUUCGAGGAGCACGAGCGGAUAUGGCUGCGCAUCCCUACGCUCGACAUGCUGAGCUGGAACAGCUUCGCCUGGCCAAUGCUGAAGAAGCCUUCGUCGCCGGAAGAACUGACUACAGCUGCCAUCAGCGCAUACGUUUUGAACUCGUACCUCCCGCAGGACAGGUCUGAUAAGGACCGUAUCAAGGAGCACAUCAAGCGUUGGCACCCUGACCGAUUCGAGACAAAGCUCCUUCCGAAAGUCAGGAGUGAUGAACGCGAGAAGGUCAAGGAGGGCGCUGGCCAGGUCGUACGCAGCUUGAACGAGUUGCUGACAAAGUCGGGCUCGUCGUUAUUCUGA